ACCGCCCUCCCCAGGCCCCGCCCGUCGCCGCCGGGCGCAGGGGCUCGGCGCCGGGCGCGAUGUCGGCGCUGGAGUGGUUCGCGCACAAGUCCUUGGGCGGCGGCAUCUUCUGGAUCCAGGAGCGCUUCUACGAGUCGGGCAACCGGGCCAACAUCUGGCUGGUGCGGGGCUCGCAGCGCGACCUGGUGAUCGACGCGGGGCUGGGGCUGCGCAGCCUGCCCGACUACCUGCGGGCCGCCGGGCUGCUGGCGCCGCCGGAGGGGGCCGGCCCGCGGCCGCUGCUGGCCGUGGCUACCCACGUCCACUUCGACCACUCGGGCGGGCUGCAGCACUUCGACGAGGUGGCGGUGCACAGCGCCGAGGCGGCCGCGCUGCUCCGCGGCGACAACUACGAGGCCGUCACCUGGCUGUCGGACCGCGAGGUGGCGCGGCCGCCGCGGCCCGGCUGGAGAGCGCGGCACUUCUGCGUCCCGCCCGUGCGGCCCAGCCGCCUCCUGCAGGAGGGAGAUGUAAUCAGCCUUGGAGACCGGCAGCUCAUCGUCAUGCACAUGCCUGGCCAUUCCCGUGGGAGUAUUUGCUUACAUGACCGAGAGCACAAGAUUUUAUUCAGCGGAGACGUCGUGUAUGAUGGAUCCAUGAUUGACUGGCUUCCCUACAGCAACAUAAGUGACUACAUUGUGAGCUGCCAGCGCCUGAUGGAGCUGGUGGACAGAGGUCUUGUUGAGAAGGUGCUUCCUGGGCACUUCAACAUAUUUGGAGCGGAAAGGCUCUAUCGAUUAGCUUCCAACUACAUCUCAAAAGCUGGUGUUUGUCACAAAGUGUCAACUUGUGCCAUGAGAUCCAUUGCAAGCAUAGCACUUCACCUUACAAAUUCCAGGGGUACUUCUUCCUGAGCAUGCAUUUGUGUGGUCUGUCUCCUACUGAGAAACCAAAUAACUUGUGAAAAUGCUGGUACAAGAAAAAGCAGUAUGCUUUAGGAAAGAGCUGGCAAAAUGACAUGGAUGAGCUGUAAAAAUUCUCCUUAUUUUUGCCUACUCUGUUCCUGUUUUUGUGGGGAAAAAAUUCAUAAGGUAGUAGCUUAGCCAAAGCUGCUGUUUUUCCUUCUAUUUUUUCAGGGCACGUUUGCACGGGUAUUGUGAUUGAAAGAUAUUGUUUUAUUUUUGAUAUGUUUCUGACAGAUAGAUAUAUGCCAAACUGAGACUUCUUACAUCCAUGCCUGAAAGUUUGUUGAUGUAGCACUAGGAUGGUAGGUGUUCACUUGAUCCCUGUGCAGGCUUUGGCCUAACACAGCUCAUGUUAAGGCCUGAUUUAUGCUGGGAGCAGCACCAUCAGGUCAAAAUGAGAGGAACACAUUGGCAGGGUGCUGUGGGCAGAACGAUAAGGGCCAUGGUGCAGCUGUUACCACUUGCAGCUUGCUGUCCCCUGCUGCAGUCACCUCCAGCAUUUUUGGAAAGUUUCUGCACAAUCCGUUAAUGUAUGGAAAUGGUAUAGACGAAACUCCUAAGAUUGAUGAUAUAGAUAGGUCAGCUCACAUAAACUGCUUUUGAUGUGGAUACAAUAGCUUCCAGACUGUUAAGGCUUUUGUGCUUUCCAGUGUGAUGCAGGGGACACGUGCACUCCAUGGAGGGGUAUGAUAAGCACUGUCACAUGUAGGGAACUAUUUUGCUUAGAGGUGUGCAAGUUACAUUAUUAGGGAAAUUGUGAGCUACUGAAGUAAUGAAUUAAUGAAUGCAUGUGUUUAACUAGUCUGUACAAUGUGGUUUGAGCCCUUGCUUGUGUGAUGGUGUGUGUUUUUUUUCUGAUGAGCGCAUUAAAUAAAGUUUAAUUUAGAAUUUAUUUCUAAAUGUGAGAGAUCCAAACAGGCUUAGGUUAAAGCCUUUAUUUGUGUUUAGGAGUCUUUGUGUGUGUUGGGAUUGUAGCUUGGCUGUUAAUGCUCUGUGGGAGGGAAAGGAUGGAAGCAAUAACAUUGCUUUGCCCCACUGCAUGGUUGGAUUAAACAGCUGGUGCGUUUGCCUCCACACACUGAAUGUAUCUUGAACUGUUUACUGUUUGCUUAUGAAGUGUUUUGGUGCAUUUGGUUUUUAUGGAAAGUGCAUUCGAGUCUGUUCUAAAACAAGCUGAAUACAUUGAGAAAUGCUAAGUGACAUUGUAACUUGCUUAUUUAAAAGCUGUUAAAAUGUUUAAAGUUUGUGAAAUUAUUCCAACAGUCUAUGUAUUUAAAUUCUUUAAAAGGACACUGUCUGAUACUAUUUUUGUAUAUAAACUUGUACUUUCCUAACAAGAUUGCAAAUGUUUAUCCCAGAUUUUAGUGGAGUUUAGCCUUAUGUUUGGCUUUCACUUCAUGUGGAAGGUAUUUUUUUUUUCCCCUCUCAUCAUACCUGAGAAAAAGGGAGCCCAAAUUUUGGGCUCUAAGGCAUGGAGGAGUGGAAAUUAGUGGCCUUGAUAAUGGAUGUAAACUCUAGAGUUGAAAACAGGUUUUUUUGGGAAACCAGUUGCAAAAGCAUAUCUAUCCAAAAAUAGUGAAGGAGAACAUGUUACAUAAUCCUUUUUAUUCUCCUUUCACAGUUCACUGCAUUCUUCACCAAGAGUAGUACUGAUCCACUGUGAUGUGCCUAGUUCUUGUUAGCAGUGCCUGUCUCCUAUUACAAGCUAGAACAAAAUGUAAAUAGGCAGAACAGGUGUACCAAUGUGGCACCUGGAAAACUUGUUAUUGUUUGGAUGGAUCACAGUCUUUCUUUUGGAGAAAUCCAGGUAGGAGUGUCUAAGCAGCACAUAGACUUGUGUCCUAAGUGAAGCCACGAGCUGUUUAUCUGGGUCUCAUUUUGCCAGAGAAAGGAAAGCAGAAUGUUAAUUGGGGAAAAGCUGUUCUGUGAAGAGGCACAGAACAAUCUUCACCAUAUGGUUUUCCUUUUUCCUUGCUGACUGACACAUGCUGCUAAUUGUGUAGCAGUCGAGACGUAGUUCUUCAUAGCCAAGGGGUUCAUAAUGGGCAGUUGAGAGUAUGGUAGAGUGUGGGAAAGUCAAAAUAGGCAAAGAAAUAGCACUGAAACUUACACUAACAGCAACUGAAUUCCUUCAAAUGAGACAUCUGCAGCAUCAGUAGUAAUUGCUCUGUGCUGUGCAGUAAUGUGGACAGAGACCUAUUAUAUCAGAAGGACUGCCUAUAUUUAUGGCAGUUACUAAAGUUUUGGAACUGUUAAUUAGCAGAUUGAGGUCAAGUUCAAGUAGCUUGUUAUCUUACACAGCUGUAGCUUUGUUUAUUCGCUCUACCCUUAGGGCACUUGAAGUCAGAUAUGUGAAACUGGAGCUCCAAACAGGAGGCUCACAGGCAUGCCAAUGGAAAAGGAAAGUGAAAGAUUUCCUCUCUCAUUUGUUUUUAAAUCUGUGCUAUGUGUUAACUACAAGAUCUUUAACUGUUCAGGUUACUGAACCAUAUUAAACCACGUUUAAGCCCAAUAAGUAUAUGUUAACAGCAGCUACCUGUUUGGUUUUUUUUUUCCUUGACAAAACCGUGGAAUAAUUUCCUAGAUCAGAAGUGAGCUUUAUAUGAACAUAGCCCAAAAAUGGGGUGUGUUAGUAAACUGCUGCUAUAAUCCAGAUGAAAAUAGUUUGGGGGGAUCUUAACAUUAUUUUUGUAUUGUAGAAGUUCACUACUAGGUAAAUGAUGUGUCUUAAAUAUAAAGAACUGGCUCAAACUAUUUUUGUUGAGAGAUACUGAGUUCUUUGUCAUAAGAGUUUGACAGUGUCCCUUUAACACUACUUGGAUUAAAUAUUUAAAACAUACAUCUAAAGUUUUAAUAUUGCAACACCUUGGACAUUUAGAACUGUGUUGCUUUAUUCGUUAACUCUAAAUGUGUGUGAAGUCAGUUUUCAGUAGACUGAGAAAUUUACCAAAAAAAUCAGAUGGAAAGUUGUGCUCUGUAAUCUGUCAAAGACUUUUGUGGUGUUAAUGUUUUACAAAGACAAAAAUAAAUAAAAAAAGUGUUACAAUUCUA